CCGUCCGAUCCAAAUUCAGGAGCGAUUCUGGGAAUUUGGUCCUGUCCCCCAGUUUUCAACACCCCGUCUGGAAGGCCAUGUGCUGCCGUUGAACCAAACACAUCCGUUCGGAUGGUAACCGUUCAUUUCUCGGAUAUAACCGACCGAUUUCGUAGAUAUCAGGAUCCUACAAUCCUCAAGGUGUGAGUUGUGUUCUCCUGCUCUUUCUCUGGUCAGUAUGCAGGGCUGGGUGACUCUGGCUCUGUUGCUGAGCCUCGGGGUCGAACGCUCUCAUGGACAGAACGGUCUGGGUGAACUUCCAGUGCCCCGUGUUUUAACCCUACAGCCUGAUUUACCUGCGCAGACUCUCACUUUGACCUGGCAGAGUGACUCAUCGCUUUUUGACAUCCAGAUUUUCCACACCGAGUUCAUGAAUGUGGUGCUAAAUGAGACGGUGGCAGUCAAUACCGAUCCAGUAACAGGACAGCAUAGUUGGACCUGGCUCUCACCUUUACCACUACAGUGCACUUCUCAUUCUGUGCAGAUCAGAGCACGAAACCAGCAGUCGAUCAGCCCGUGGAGCCCCCUAGAGACCAUUCCAGGGUCAGAUAUUCCUGAGAGGUCCGGCCCUAAUAUGUAUCCCCAGGAUAAGGUGGUUCCAGUGGGCAGUAACAUGACCUUCUGCUGUAUUGUGAAGGAGAAGGACUCUUUCAAAAGUAUCAAGUACGGUGAUCGGGAAAUGAGCGCCACACGUUUGAGCCGAAGAACUUACGCCAUUACAGUAAACAACCAGCCGUCAUCCAACACCACGGGCACAAACGUCUUCUGCAUCGGCCAGAGGUUGACAGCAGUGGAUGAGCUGAUCACAGGAGCUGUGGUGUUUGUAGGCUAUCCGCCGGGCGACAAGGAGCUGGUCUGUGAGACGCGGGAUCUGGCAUCCGCUAAGUGUUCUUGGAAGAAAGGUCGAGACACUCGCUUGAAAAAGAGGAACAGUCGCACCAACUACACCCUUAAUGGAAGGGUCUGUGGUGAGGCUAAUGAAGGGAAGAGCUGGGAGUGCAGCUCCGAGGUCUGGGAAAAAAACUGGACUAUGGUUGCUCGAAAUCCUAUUGGAACAGUCCAGCUCACAGACUCUGCUCAAAUUACUGACCGUGUGCAUCUGCUGGCUCCAGUGAAUGUGAUGGCGGAUCCAAUGGCCUGGAAUGCCACACUGCGCUGGAACUGGACUGUGGAGGCAUAUAAAAAGCUGGAGAUGAUCUGCCAGAUGAAGCUCAUCAGUCGUCAGCUUUCCAGCACACGGAACUACAGUGGCACAGGUUUAUCUACUGUCGUCCUGGAGGAUUUGUGGCCUGAUGUGGACUACACUGUGACUGUACGCUGCGCCUCUAAACAAAGUUUCUGGAAGUGGGGAGAUGAGAGCGCCCCCUGCAGGAUACACACCAAAAUGGACUUUCCCGAUGCUCCUGAUGUGUGGAUCUGGAUGGACAGCAGUAACACAGGACGUGUGUUUUGGAAACCUCUGUCUGUUAGGGAAAGUCACGGUGCACUGAUCAGCUAUGAAUUUUUCCAAAGCGGCCCGACACCAGUAGUUCUAUCUCCUGGGAACAUUAGUUAUCCCAUCAUGCCUGACAACGACAGUGACAUCACCGUUUCCGUGGCAGCACGCAACCCAAAAGGACUCUCUCAGGCAUCGAGUGUGACCGCACCAGCAUAUCGAGCAGAUUCUCAGCUGUCUGUGUCUAAGCUGCUUGGCACCGAUGGAAGAUUUGAUCUGUCCUGGCAGCCGAGUGCCAAUGCCAGCAGAGGGUAUGUGGUGGAGUGGGUUCCGAGCGGCUGCAGUGGACUGUGCCACGUCCAGUGGGGGAAAGUUCUAAAAACAAAUAACAGUUUCACUAUAGAGAGAGAGUCUCUGGAGGAAGGAGUGAAGUUCACCGUGUCCGUGUUUGCUCUGUCAGCCGGAUCUCCUUCACUGCUGCAGAGAUGGCAGGGAUACUCGCAGGAGAUGAUUCCUUCACAGUCUGUUCGUGAACUAUCAGCCAAUCAGACUGGCUCGAAUGUGCUGUUGUCUUGGAAACCUGCAGCAAUGGAGCAUCAGCGAGGAUUUAUUCUUGGAUACAACAUCUAUAUGGCAAACGCUGCACAUCUGGAUCUUAUAGCUAAUCUGUCUGACCCUGAGGUGCGCUCGUAUAGGGUGAAGCGUUUGUCUCUGAGCUCGUAUAAGUUCAUAGUGAAGGCCUACACAUCAGCUGGGGAGGAUGCAGGAGCGAUGGUGUCCAUAAAAAUGGAGAUGGACACUGCCGACAUGUUGUUUGUUGGCAUCCUUGUGCCGCUGGUAUCCAUGUCCUCCUGCAUCAUCCUCAUUAGCAUCUGCUGCUACAAGAAGAGAGUGUGGGUAAAGAAAGCUUUCUAUCCUGAAAUCCCUGGACCUAAAGUACCUGGCAACUGGUCGUCUCCACAGGGUCCUCUGGAUGUAAAGCAGUCUCCUCACAGUCUGGUCCAGAUCGUGGAGAGUCCGGAGUGGGAUAUCACCAAAGAAAGUCUGGUAUCAGUACCAGAAGAAGAGGAGAACGAAAACAUGGAGGUGGACACUGACUCCGAUGAACCGGCUCUUCUAAAAUACUACAAUCAGGUGGUGGGACACGGCUCUCACAGCAACCAGAUCUCCGACUCCUCCGGCUCCUCCACGGCAUCGGUUGACUCCACACAGACCGAAAUCACCUACGCCGGCAUCCAGAGCCCGACAUCUUCACAAGGAGCCCACAGUGGAGGAUACAGGCCUCAAAUGCAGCCCUCUGAGGAUCCAGAUGAGCCCCAAGACCAGCUGGAUGAUGAUGGCUUGAACACAGGAUAUAAGCCCCAGUGUUCCUGGCAGAUGGACUCUCCAGAGGCGGAAAACUUCAGCGGUUCGCUUGGCAGCCCUACAUCCAUAACAUCAUCCCAGUUUCUCAUCCCAGAAUCCUCCGAGGAGAAACCGCAGUCAUCCAGCAGCUGGUUCCACAGUUUUCUCUCUGGGAAAUCCUGAAAACGCAGAUGUGUGAGAGGAUGGUUUGUGCACUUCCUGGAAAUCCUUCACUAUUAUUGUCACUACUGUUAGUGUUACUGACCAGAGAGGUAAAUUACUACUGAAGAGCUGAAAGAUGGCUGUUUUUCAUGCUCUCGCCCUGAACAGUAUGACGUUUGCCCCCAUAGAAACACUGCUUUUGUUCAUUUAACAGUGUUUGUGUCUCUUUCUGCAGUGAUUACGGUAAGGUCGACACCAUUAUAGAGUAUUUUAUGCAUUUAAAGGGAUAGUUCACACAAAAAUGAAUGUUUACGCUCUAUUUGCUCGCCCUCAGAUGGUUACAAACCUUUGAGUUUCUUUUUUCUGUUGAACACAUAACAUAUUAAAACAAAUACUAUAGAAAUCAAUGGUUACAGGUUUCCAACAUUUUUUUAAGUAUCUUCUUUUGUGUUCAACAGAAGAGGGAAACUCAUAAAGGCAAAGGGUUAGUAAGGGUGACAGAAUGUUCAGUUUUGGGGUGAACUAACCCUCAUAGCAACAUUUCAGUCAUUUUUUUUAAGUUCUACAUUUACGUAGCGCUCAAAUCCAUGCUUGGUUUGCUGAAUUGGCUGAUUUUCAUUUCAAAAGACCAUUUGUUCUCAAAUCUACGCUAGUUUCAGGUGAUUUUAAAUAUUUGAUGUAGCCUCAAGCUUGUUUUUCUUCCAGUGUUAAUGUAUACACACUUGCACAUGUAAUAAGCUGACAGAACAAAAGGAAAAGCAGAAUGGAGGGAGACGUGCCUCCCGGAUUUAGCUUAUAUCGUUCAUGAAUGUCCACUGUUUACUGAACACAGUUGUUAAAGUGUUUACAUGAUCCUGCAUUGCCAGAUUAAUCUGAGUAAGAUGCGCGUAAACACACUGUGGCUUCAUGAUGGGGUGCAGCUAGUUAGUUGUGCGUGUUUUUGUUUAACGGAUCAUGCUACACCGUAUUGCAUUGUAAAAACUUUACUUCGCUAAGGCUGCACGAUUUAUUUAUUUAUUUUUCUGAAAGAUUCAUUGGGAUUGCAACUAAAAUAUUCAGAUUUGCAGUUUUUUACCAAGGUAUAUCAUAGCAAUAUGACUUUUAUUAAUUAUUUACAAUUAUUAAUAUAAAAUUAAUAAUAUGUUUUUAUGUUUUAUAUUUAUUUAUUUAAUAUUACAAUCACUCAAAAUUAUUUAUUAUCAUCAUCAUUAUUAUUAUUGCCACUAUUAUUAAUAAUGUAUUUAUAAUUAAUAAUGAUAAUAAUAAUUAGUAAUGUUAAUAAUAGGAAUUAGUAGCAGUAGUAGUAGAACUAAUAUUAUUAAUAUUAUUAUUAAUUAUUAUUAUUAUUAUUAGUUUAUUAAUUUACUUUAUUUAAAAUUCGACAGGUCAGUGUAUUGCAGCACAAUUCCCUGAAAUGCGUCAAACACACACUUGACUGAUAAAAAUACUGAUGUAUAACAUGAUAAAGUAAAAACUAUCAUUAAACAAACAUCAAACACUAUAAAUUAUAAGUUAUCUAUUAAUAAUUUUAAUGCACGAAGAACAAAGGAGAGUUCAUGACGUUUAGUUUUACUCCUGGGUAAAGCAAAUGUCUUAUGUCGCCGAAGAAGGUAGGAUGACACUGGAGCCUUGAAAACAGGAGCAGAACACAGUGGUGAUAAACUGUCAUUGAGUAUUUUUGUGAGCAUAUGUAUGGUGGCUUCCUUACGCCUUUCACUCAGUGUUGGAAAAGUUGAAGUCGGAAUACCUAUUAUCCGACAGCAUCGCUCUUUGAUUCUCUCUAACUCCUCAGAGAGGCCUUUUGGUAGUCUGCCACAGACUGGCAUGCUCAAGAACUGGCCAUAUAAAGGUCAAGUACACUUGCAUUAAAACAUCACAAGCAAUGAUCUUCACAAAGAUAGUAUAUUCUGUGAUGCACCUUCGAAAUCAUGUACUUAACUCAUGAUAGAUCAGAGGAUAUUUGAACACUCCGCAAUUUAAAGGUGGAAACUCUACUACUAUUAUUAGUAAUAUUACUACUAAUAUUAUAAGAAUUCAACAAUUUUUAAUGACAAAUUAUUAAUGCAUCAUUAUUAUUAAGAGUAGUAAUAAUAAUAAUAAUAAUAAAUUAUUAAUAUAUUAUUUUGAGUGGUUGUACCAUUAAAUAAAUAAACAUAAAAGAUAAAAAAAAUUAUAUUAUUGGACCGUAAAAUUGUAGUUGCAAAGAAAAGUUACUAAGAAAUAAAAAAGUCUUGCUGUUUAUUUCUUCACUUAUAAAUGUUAAAGCACCGAACAUAUGUUGAGGAAAAAACAUUAAAGACUUUCCAUCAUUUGUAGUUUAAUUAAGCAGAUCACACUUUCAAAAAUGUAGAAAAUUUAUUGAAAUAAAAGCAAUUAAGUUAGCUUAUUAUUUGUUUCCAAUUUAAGUGUAUUAAACAUAAAGCGACAAAAGUUGUCCCAAAACGAACUCAAUAUUUGUGUUGGUUCAGCUCAUUUUAAAUAAGUAAUCUGAACAAACAACAAGCCUAUAUUUUUCAAUGACAGUCUCAUUAUUUUUAUUUGAAAUGUGGAAUAAAUGUAAUGUCAUUUAAAGCAUUCAUUCCCCAUUACAGUUGUUCAGACAAACAAAUGUUUUCAUUUGCUGUAAUUAAACAUCAGGGUUAUUCCACCAAAAAAUAUCAAGUUUAUAACUUUUGAAACUAAAACAGUCAAUGUAAAAAAUGCUGGCUUCUACACAAUUCCUUCAUGUUGUCAGUUUGAUUUAUAGUAAAUCGUGCAGCCUUAUUCUCCGCAACAUUUUUCCAAAGAAAGCUGUGUACUGUUGAUCUAAAAAUCUACUUUGUAGGGCGUUAGACUCAUUUCAUUUGUCCUUUCCGAAUGGUCAGUAAGAUAAAAUGAAAUCCGGCAUUAUCUGUUAAAUAUGUGAAGCACCUUUUCAGUUUUAUGAUUAAGUCUUUUCACUCCUUGAAGUCUUUCUCAAUUCAGCUUUCAUACAAGCGUAGCACCCCCCAGUAUCAACUCGUGUUAUUGAAUAUCUAAUAUUAGAUGCAUCUGUCUAGAAUGAGAAUAUCUUCAAGAGAUUGUCACGGGGUUUAAAACGACUGCCGUGCCUCAGGAGAUUAGUUAAAUGUCAUCAAAACAGCGACACCUUUUCUCAGAGCUGCUUUCUUGUCAUUAGGAUUAUUGGGCUCACAUGGAGAACAGGGUAAAUCACUCUAACUGGCCUUACUCGCAUCUGUUCCUGCUGUUCUCAAGACUUCAUUGGGCCAUUGUUCAGAUUUAAGGCUAUACUGUGAAAGCCACUGUGCAUUUCGCUAGUCCUCCAAACAUUUCUGCAGCAGUCAGAUUAACAGAUUGGUUACAUCAGAACAACACUGAGCCUGAAUGGAGAAAGUCAACAUUAAAUCAAAAGCAACCCAUUUUACUUCUCUUAUAAACAUUGCUGGUGCUGUUGUGCCUUUCUUAAUCUUUUCGUUCGAUCUAUUAAAAUAAAUUAAGAUUUGCAAGCUGACGUUGAAUCAUUUGUGUAGUUAAUUAAGCAACUAAACGUCAACAAACAACUAAAUGUAACAAAGGCCAGCUAGCGAAAUGCUAUGUAGGUAAAGCUUACUCCUCUGACCUCAAAAGGUGCUCUAGCGACAGACGCUAGAGGCCAUGGUCUUUAGCCUCCUUGUUAGAGCAACCAACUUCCAUGCAAAAAAAAAUCGCUGGUUCGAUCCCUGCUCAGAAUGAGUUUGGUGCGGUAGGACCAGUGGGUUGCACUUGGGGGCUCGUCCGGGAUGGGAGUGAGGUUUAGGGGGGUGAGUUUAAAGGAGGCCAGCUAGCGAAGUGCUGUGCAACUAAACCUCACUCCUCUGGACCUCAAAAGGUGCUCUAGCGACAGACGCUAGAAGCCAUGGUCUUUAACCUCCCUGUUAGAGCAACAGACUCCCAUGCAAAGAAUCGCCGGUUCAAUCCCAGGUCAGAACGAGUUUGGUGCUGUAGGACUGAUGGGUUACAUGAACAUAAAAUCGUAUUGAGUUGUACAAAUGCACUCAUUCUAUGAGUUGGAAGUCAGCACGGAGAUAGUAAUGUUUUGCCUGCCUGGGGGGCGUUCCCCUUAUUGACCUUAUUCUUCAAUGGGGAAGUGCGCGCGUUUUUGCGAUUGUUUUAAAACUUCCGAUUCAGCUGCCUAUGGGAGAAAUGACUAGGAAUAAUAAAUGGCAGAAAACGGUCAAACCCCUUACUCUACAAACAAAUGUUUGCAUGACAAUACAGAAAAAGUAGAAUAAUAUAAUAAGAAAAUAUCAGUUUGCAACACCAAGCAGCAAAACGAGCUGUUUUUAACGUUUAAAAAUGAAUGGAAGUGAAUGAGACCGGAAGUUUCGAGCCAAAAUGAUUCUAAUAGCUGCGCCCACUCGUACGCGGAGAAUAAGGUGAAUAGAGUGACACGUUAAAAGUAUCAAUUAGAUCUGGUGGUGGGUCUUGAAUGGCCGUUUAUCGGAAACGAACAAAAAAUCGUACCCAGUGUACCACAUUUCAGAUUCGCCAAUAAAUGUAAACAGCGCCCUCUAGUGGAUUUGUCAUCUGAAAUGUGCAACGAAACGUACUCUAAGCAAUGUAUUUUAGGUUUUACACAAUAAUGUAGGCUGAGGUAUGCGUUUUUAUUGAGCCUGGGCUGAUUUAUUCAUUCUAAAAGGUUGUUAUUUAACUAUCAUUAUCAGAAUAAUCUCCCAAAAUAUUGAGAUUUAAUACUUUGUCAACGUCACCCCUUAGUUUUAAGAUAAAAAGUCAAACUCUAAACGCCAUAUUUCUUUCACACUGAAUGUGUUCAUAUACUCUCAUUAUAGUAUGGAAGUCAAACGGGUUGCGAUGCCAUUUGUUGUUGACUUUGCAGAGCAUCAGAUUAGUGGCCAUUAAACUCUUAUUGUGGCUUGGGAUUGAAAGGGCAUUAGAUAAUGAUCUUUAUUAGCAGUGAGAUUAAAUAUUAUGAGCGAGGUCGGUGUCUACUGUUGCUUAAGCUUUAAAACACUACUGUGAACGAUUUUAUUAUGUCGGGAUGAUUUAGUUACUAAUAUGUAACCUUUGCAGUUACUGAGAUCUUUUUCAAAAGCCUACUAAUGUUUAUUUUUUUAUUUGCUUGUAUGAAUGUGAAAUGCACAGAUGUAUUUUUUUGUUGGUGUUUUUUAAGUGUUGAAGGAAAUGUGUUCAGAAAGCUUUAGCUGCGUAUUUUGUAGCCAAGAUGAGCGUGUUAUUUGCAGUACAAAUGGAAAAUGAGCUAAUGUUCGAUAUGCAGGCUAUCAAAAUCAUCUCAAAGUGUACAUUCUCAGUACAGGGAGAAAGUUAGGCAAAUCUUAUAUACAGCUAUGGGGGAAAAAUUAGGGACUGCUUGAAAAUUUUUCUAGAUUUACAGGAUUAUUAUGCAUUGGUUUGAGUAUAAUUUUUAAAUUACACUGUAAAAAAAUGCUGUUCCACACAAUUUGUUGUCCCAACAUAAAUCGAUUAUACAAAUUUAAGUGAAUUAACCAUUAGACAAUUAAGUUGUCCCAAAAUAACUUAAGAAUUGUUUCAUUUUAUUUUAAACAAGCAGCAAAAUUCACAUUUUGAGUGUACACUAGAUGCCACACAAUCGAUGUGUGUUGGGACAACUUAAAGCAAGUUAGCUUAUUAUUUGUUUCCAAUUUAAGUGUAUUAAACAUAAAGCGACAAAAGUUGUCCCAAAACGAACUCAAUAUUUGUGUUGGUUCAGCUCAUUUUAAAUUUUAAAGUAAUCUGAACAAACAACAAACCUAUUUUUUUUUUAUGAUUGUCUCAUUAUUUUUAUUUGAAAUGUGGAAUAAAUGUAAUGUCAUUUAUAGCAUUUAUUCCCCAUUACAGUUGUUCAGACAAACAAAUGUUUUCAUUUGCUGUAAUUAAACAUCAGGGUUAUUCCACCAAAAAAUAUCAAGUUUAUAACUGUUGAAACUAAAACAAUGUAAAAAAUGCUGGCUUCUACACAAUUCCUUCAUGUUGUCCCAACACAAAUCGAUUGUUAACUUUAUCGUUUUUACAAAUUUAAGUGGAUUGAAUAUAAACAAGUUGUUGCAAAAAGAAACGUAAGAAUUGUUGCUUCAGCUUAUUUUAAAUAAGUAGCUUGAACAAAAGUAAUUUUUUGUCAGUGUACACUGAGUGUACCACACAAUCGAUUUGUGUUCAGACAACUUAAAGGAAUUAAGUUAACUUACUAUUUGUUACAAAUUUAAGUUUAUUAAGCAUUAACCAGUUCGGUUGUGCUAAAACAAACUCAAGAAUUUUGUUGUUUCCGCUUAUUUUAAAUAAGUAGUCUGAACAAACAACAAGCGUAAUUUUUUGAGUGUAGGUUUAUUUGUUUAUUUAUGAUCUCUGUAUCAUCUAUUUAUGGUCUCAUUAUUUUUAUUUCACAUCUUAAAUAAAAAUAAUGUGAUUUAAAAGCAUUUAUUCCCAAAAAUGCAGUUGUUCAGACAAACAAAUGUUUUCAUUUGUUGUAAUUGAAAAUCAGGGUUAUUCCACCAAAAAAUAUCAAGUUUAUAACUUUUAACUUUUUUUUUUACUUGGGCAAUUUUAAAAAUAAAUAUAAACAUGGGACCUUUUUAGUUAUUUUAUGCAAAGUUAAUUCUAUAAACAGCUCUAAAUUCUCAAAAUCUUUCUUAUUCUAUAAAAAGCUCUAAAUUCUCAAAGAUAUAUACAGAAAAUAGUUAAAUCACACACCCAAGUAUAUGAAUUCUCUUCCAUAUAAAGUCUCUUGUUUUUACCCCACAGCUAUAUAUACAGUAUGGGUAAUAAGUAUUUAACACGUCACCAUUUUUCUCAGAAAACAUGUCUCUGAAGGUGCUGUUGACUUGAAAUUUUCACCAGAUGUUGAUAGCAACCGAAGAAAUACAAAUAUGAAAAGAAAACAAAUCUAAUUAGUUUACAAGUUAAGUUCUGUGUAAUAAAAUGAAAUGACCCAGGAAAAAAGUAUUGAACACAUGAAGGGUGGUGUAGAAAGGCAGUGAAAGCCCAGACAGCAGCUGAAAUCUCUCAUUAGUUAUUCAGCAAGCGUCUGCCCUUCAUCUGUGUAAAUGAAUAUCAGCUGCUUCAGUCCAACAUUUACAUAAGCAGGAGGAUGAAGAUGAAACCAGGGUGGACAUUUCAGCAAGACAAUGAUCCAAAACACAGCCAAGGAAACCCUCAAAUGCUCUCAGAGAAAGAAAAUCAAGCUGUAGAAUGGCCCAGCCAAUCACCUGACUUAAACCCAAUUGAAAAUACAAAUUAAAGCUCAGAUUUGAUAGACGAGACCCACAGAACCAUCAAGAUUUUUACACUCUGUUGAAGUCUGUGAAAAGCUCACACCUGAGCAAUGCAUGUGACUUCAUUCUACAUAUGAGAGGUGUCUUUAAAGCUGCCAUCACCAAAAAAGCCUUAUAUAUAAAGUAUUAAACGCAUUUCAGUAGUUCAGGACUUUCUCCUUGUGUCAUUUCAAUGUUAUUAAACACAACGUUUUCAGAUUUAUUUGUUUUGUCUUAUUUUUAUCUUUGUAUUGUUUGUUUUUUUACCAAAAUCUAGUUCAAUUCCAUGUCAACAGCUCCUCUAGAAACAUUAUUCCCAGGAAAAAACAUGACGUGGUCAAUACUUACUUUCCCCCAUUGUAUAAAUAUGAGCAGCUUUCAUAUGCAAACAAGAUGUGGAUUCACACAAGUAUGAGGCGUUAAUGUAAAUACCAUGUUAACACUACUGUAAAUAAACUUUUCUCUUGAGCAUGAAGAUCAUCAAAUGGGAAUAUUGCACCCAAAUUAACAUUAAUUAAUACUACACUACAGUAAUAUCACUGCCUUUGUAUGCAUGACGGAUCCCGCAUUCACAGAGGAGAGAAGAUGAGCUAUGAAUGAGGAUUAUAUCAAACACUAUAUGAGUGUGUGUGUUCGUGUGUACUUAAAGAUGUAUCCAGGCUUCUGAAUACUCUGCUAAUACACUAACAGAAUAUAUUAUGCAGUCUGUAUUAUUAUAGACAAUAAAUUCAGAUAAACCACGAAA